GACACUGCUGAUCCUGUAACAUGGAGGAUUGUCUUCAUACCUCAUCUGAGAAUCUGUCCAAAUUGGUCAGCUGGGCCCACAGCCAUGGGACUAUUUGCAGCCUCAUUCCAAACCUGAAACACUUGCUGUCUGAAGGUUCCCAUGGGAACCUGACUGCAAUGUGGGGCUGCAGUGCUGGUCAUGCUUACCACUGGCCAUUAACAGCUACUUGCAGAGCUGGGUCCCAAGAGAGGGUUUGUUUCCAGGACAACCGAAGUUUUAAUUCUGAUAGUCCCAGUAUAAUUGGGGUGCCUUCUGAGACGCAGACUAGCCCUGUGGAGAGAUACCCCGGGAGACCUGUGAAGGCAAAGCUGGACUGUAACCGGACCAGAGACUCUUGUGACUUCUCUUACUGCAGUGAGCCCUCUGAGCUGGACGAAGCUGUUGAGGAGUACGAAGAUGAAAACACACUGUUUGACAUGGUUUGUGAGUCUUCUGUUACAGAUGAGGACAGUGACUUUGAACCCCAAACCCAGAGGCCUCAAAGCAUUGCUCGCAAAAGGCCCGGAAUAGUCCCAUCUUCUAUUCAUUCAAGUUCCCAGGGACAGAUGGUUGAUGAAUGCAGUAAUGAUGUCAUCAUCAAGAAGAUCAAGCAAGAGAUUCCAGAAGAUUAUUACAUUGUGGCAAAUGCAGAGCUGACUGGAGGAGUGGAUGGACCAGCCCUUUCAUUGACACAGAUGGCAAAGCCCAAGCUUCAGACUCAUGCUGGUCCCUCCUGUGUAGGGUCUGCUAAACUGAUUCCCCAUGUAACAUCUGCCCUCAGUGCGGAGCUAGACCCACACAGUAUGUCAGCAUCCCCCUCUGUGAUCUCCAGACCAAUCAUCCCAAAGACUGCUAGGGUGUCUCUGGCUUCACCAAACAGAGGACCCCCUGGUGCCCAUGGCACUGCCCACCAGGUGACCAUGCAGAUGCCUGUGAGCACAUCACAUCCUAACAAACAGAUCAGUAUCCCUUUGUCUGCCCUUCAGCUGCCUGGACAGGAUGAGCAAGUUGCUUCGGAGGAGUUCCUGCCCCAUUUGCCUAGCCAGGUCUCAUCUUGUGAGGUAGCCCUUUCUCCCUCGGUUAACACAGAGCCUGAAGUGAGCUCCAGUCAACAGCAGCCCCCUGUUGCUCCAACCAUAACCACUGAAGCCACUGCACAGUGCAUUCCAGACCAGGAUGAAAGAGCAGCUGAGCUCAGCAGGGAGCAGAAUGAGAAAACCAUCCGGAGCACGCAGACCGCGCUCCGCAAUUUCCGGGAGUUCCUCAUCUCCAAGUACCCUUCGGAAACCAGAGAGAUCUAUGUCAUCCCUUGCAAGGAGCUAGAUGCCUACCUUGCCUCCUUCUUCGUGGAUGCCAGGCAGAAGGAUGGGUCUGAGUACGAACCCAACAGCUUGGCGAAUUACCAGUGUGGGCUGGAACGGUACCUGAAAGAGCACCGGUAUGGCUACAGCAUCACCAGGGAUAAGGAGUUUAAGCGUUCCCAGGAGGCCCUGAAGCAGAAGCAGAUUGAGCUCCGCUGCAAAGGAAAAGGAAACAAGCCACACAAGUCCAUGAAGCUCACCUUUGCCGACGAGCUCAUAUUGCGGAAGAGAGGACUGCUGAGCCGGUAUAACCCCGAGGGUCUGCUCAACCUUGUCUGGCUUAACAAUACAAAAGCUUUUGGGCACUGCACAGGCUUCCAUGGAUCCACCUUGAAAUGGGGCGACAUCCGACUCCGGGUCACAGAAACUGGGCUCGAGUAUUUGGAAUGGAUGGGUCAGGACACCGGUGAUCUGAAUGCCAAAACCAAGAGAGGAGGGACAGACUCACGGGUUUAUGCCACCCAGCAUGCCCCACAGACUUGCCCGGUGCAGGACUAUAAGGAAUAUGCCCAGCGGAGGCCUCCGGCCAUGCGCUAUGAGGAUGCCCCCUUCUACCUGUCCAUCAAGCCAGUUGUGAACCUGGCGGCUCUGCAUUGGUACAACUGCCAGGCCCUCGGCAAGAACAAGCUGGCCAAGAUGGUGAAAACCAUGUGCGAGAAGGGCAACAUCCCGGGCAGGAAGACCAACUUCAGUGUCUACCAGAGCUGCAGCACCUUGUCUGAGGCCCAGAGCAACCAGCUGGUCCUCAUCUGCAACAACCUGAGCCAGCAGGCUGCCCAGUCAGUGGCGGGCCACUCCAACAGCGGCAAUUUCAUUGUCUCCUCUUACGACUCUUCCUCAGACACAGCUUGACCAGGUGGCUUGCGCAAGACCUCACUUUGGUUUCUGUGUCCCAAGAAACUGUCAUUGUAUACUGCAUUUCGUCGCCUUUCACCUGCCCUCAGUGUUAACUUUAUAAAAUGCAAAUCUCUAUUUUUCUUUUUACAGAUAAGCCAAUGGCAAUAGUUUAGUAUCACUAACACAGUAUUUAUAGGCUUGAGACAAACAAGUGUGCUUGUGGGUGAUUCCAUGUAAUUGCUGUUACAGACUUGGCAAAACCGUAGUGGUUCUCAGGCAACGGUAGAGAAAGAAUUCCGUUUUGAAAAAACCGUCAGAAAGGAAACCGAGUCAUUCAAGACACCAUGUCCUCACUCCUCCUUGCCUCCUCACGUCCCGAUUUUGAUCUCCUUCACAGAUGGAUUUAUUUUUUUAAUUUUUAAAAAUUCUAUAUGAAUCUGGAGGAGACAACUUUACUGCUCGUGCCAGAUGUUGCUGAGCCAGAGCAGGUCAUGAAAGGGGUAUCAUAAGCUCAGCGUUGAGUUAUUUACAUGUAUUGUUAGUGUAGAGUUUUAGCUCCUGGACCUCACUUUUCACCAUAUAUGGAGAUCCCAAUGCUUAAAGAAUUUUUCUUUGGGGGGGAGGGGGCGGCGUGUAGAAGGAGGAAUAAAGGUGCCAUUCUUUUUGGAAGACGUCUCAUUUCUAAAUAAUAUGCAAGGUCUGAUACCAUGAGGGGUGGGGAGACUGUUACAGAGCUCAUUUUUAGUGGUGUGAUUGGACCUGCGUAGGAUGUCCUUUUUCCCUAAGUCAGUGUAAAUGAGUUUGAUCAUCAGAUUUACAAGAAAUUUUAAACUUUCAAGAACUUUGAAAAUAUUUCCAAGUGUUAGAUUGUCUAUCAAGAAUAAAAGAGAAGGUAGAAAAUGGAGGCCCCACUAAAAAUCUGGAUGCCUUGGUGGAGACAAGAAGCUGCAGGACCCUGUUACUGUGUCUAAGCAUUAAAUCCGGCUCUUUUCCCCACGGGACCACUAGACUCUGCUACACUUAGGAUCAAGGGAGCGUUGACACCCAUCUUAAAUCACAAUAGUUAGUUACCAGGCUCAGCAGAACUCAAAGCAUUCUUGAGUUUCUGCUCAGUAAAUAGAAAUGCAUUUAUCUGUGGUAAUCUGUAGUUGAAAUAAUUUUGGUUAAACAUUUGUGGUGGUUUUUCCAGUCUCUGUUUUCAAGUCUUGAAGACUGUAGUAAAUUAUUAGUUAAAACACUUCAAGAAUCAAAUAAAUUUAGUCAUUAGAGCCACAGUAAGAUUGAGCUGGCUUCCUUCCCAUCCUAUGCAGUCAGUAAUAUAGAAGGGCUCUGAAAACCACCAUUGGUUGGUCACAGUGGAGCACCCUGUUGGGGAGCUGUUUAUUCUUCACGUCAACCGUAUCACUCACAUUAGCUUGGAAGAUAGGUGGUACUUUAUUAUCUUCUGAUAGGAAAAGAGAAAUAUUUUCAUUUGCUUUACUAAAUUGUCACAGAGCCGAGCUUUCCCAUGGCUCAGUGGCUCUUCGCAUCAAUAUGUAAUAAGCACACAGGGGCCUUUCUUCUAGGCUGUGGUCUUUAGUGCAGAAGUGGCAGGUGAGCCUGGGACCUUGGUGGAUAGAAGUAGCUUUAUGAGCUUGUCCUUCCGAGAGAAGCAUCGUUAAGAAAAGGUAUAUAUUUCUAUAUAAGUAUUGUCUAAAUCCUUUGAGCAACCUAAAGAGGAAGCAAGUUAUCCUCAUUUUAUGGUGAAACCAUAAGUCGGUUAGAUGAAGAAGGAGUCUGUCUUCUUACCCUAGCCUUUUUCUAUUCAUCUUAUGAGCUAGUUGUUGGUUUGGGUGGUUUGAGCCAGAAUGAGAACAGUGUCUUUCCAUUGCUGAAGGCUGUCUAGUUUCAAGGAAUGCUGGGUGAUGUUUCAUGUUUGCACACGAUCCUCUGACCCGCCUCCCCAUCACCUCCACUUAAAUACUCAGCUGCUUUCUCCCAGUUCCUCUGCAGACCCUCCCCACUCUUGGAGGCAGACAAGCCCGCUGUAAGGGAACUUUUUGAAAGGCUGUUUCAUGUGGUAUACUUGUCAUUUUUUAUCGUCAUAGUUUUUAAGUUCUCCAUCAUGUUGGCAGCAGAGUUGGUUUUGAGAAAGGAAGCCUAUCACUGUGCACUCCACUAAGAGGAUGGAAUUAGGCAGUUGUGAGUCCCUGCUGGUGGUGUUGAGUACUGACAGGAGCAUCUGCCCUGCCAAUCUUAAGUACUACAUUUUCAUCAAGACAGUACAUCAAUAAUGUGAAUUACUUUUAUUUAUUUAUGUUUUGCUAUGAUAACUAACCAGAUAAGAACACUGUGAUAUUUAGAUUAAAACAACUUUUUGAAAAAUGGCUUACUAGAAGAAGCAUAGCCAACCUAGAACCUCUUUAAUUAAAUUAUACAAAGUCCAUGACUACCUCUAAAUUUUGUAUUUUUAGCUAAACAAUUCUGAGGAUAUACCACUACCAGAUGCUGUUUUUAUUACUUAGAAUUUUAACUUAUAAAAUGAUUCCACGCCGUGGCAGAGGUGUACGUCAGCAUUUAUCAUGGUUAUUAGGGCUAAUGUGAAAUGUUCCAUACAUAAUAUAUGUCAACUAUUAAAUAUUUAUUUCGUAAUUUUAACUAUCUUAGAAUUUCCCUGUUAAUUUGCUUUCUCUUAAGUUAUUGUGUUGUGUUCUGCUUGAUACAGGGUUUCUCCACAUUGUCCGUCCUCACCCUCGUCCCCCCAGAUCCCGGGUGCUGGGGCUACAGGAAAGCAGCACCAUACACAGCUCGUUUCCCUAAAUUCAAGUAUUACCUGAGCUACAAUAGUGCCUGCAUCUUUUCUGGUGUAGGUUAAGUCUCUGGUUUUUCAGUUAGGUCUUAGUAUUGGAAACUGUGGCGUUAACUAACAUCCAGAGCCAUACUAUCGAUGACUUUAUUGAGAUGAAAAUUUAUGGCUACAGAGGCAAAUAUUUACUGAAUAUCCAGUCAGUGGGAAGUCUGUAAAGAUGUAUACAGUUCUUCCUGUUCUCAAAGAGAAUAUAGAGAUGCUAUAGUAACAGUUUUAUUUUUGAGAGCCCAGCCUUCCCCUCCCCCAAAUCUCUGUGCUGAUCCUAUUGUGCAUUGUCUUUCAUACUCUGUGCCUCUGCAGUUACUUAAGUCAUUGAAUAGUCAGUCCAGUUUGCUGCAGAAUGUAUCCCACUUCUUUGAGUAUUUUUUUUAAUCAUUUUUAUUUUGUGUGCAUUGGUGUUUUGCCUGCAUGUAGAUCUGUGUGAGGGUGUGGGGUUCCCUAGAAAUGAACUUACAGACAGCUGUAAGCCGCCAUGUGGGUGCUGGGAAUUGAACCCAAGUCCUCUGGAAGAGCAGUCGGUGCUCUUAACCACUGAGCCAUCUCUACAGCCCUUUGAAUAUUUUUAGGAAGACCUUUUCUUAGAGCUUCUCCCCACACACCCCAAGUCAGGGUUUCUCUGUAUAAUCCUGGCUGUCCUGGAACUCACUCUGUAGACCAGGUUGGCCUCCGACUAACAGAGAUAUGCCUGCCUCGACCUCCCAGUGCUGGGAUAGAAUUUUUCUUAAAAUCAGUAAUACGGUGAAGCCAUUUGUGUACCAUCCCUGUGUUCACAUAGGUGCACACCCACAGGAAAGUCAGGCUGUAUUGUGACAGUCAUUUGUUAGAGCGUACAGUGUGCCCCUGUCCCAGGACACACAGGAAAGUCAGGCUGUAUUGUGACAGUCGUUUGUUAGAGCAUACAGUGUGCCCCUGUCCCAGGUGCUUCUCUAAGUUGUCUUUAUCAGUAACCAUUUUAAGUGAACAUUGCUGCUCUUUGUAAGGGACAAGGUCGCAUGGGUUGCCCCGGUCACAGAGUGAGUGGGGAGGAGCAGUGGUGGUCCCUGAAGGACAUCCUGGUCCCACCAAGUCCUGUCCUCUACUGUGGCUGCUAUCCAGGCAGCACCACUCACUCGUGCUCUGCUAAUUCUGCAGUAGGCUCUCUGAGGUGACAAGCAGUAGAUCAAAUCUCUGGUACAAGAUAUUUUUUUGAGAAAGGGCUUUGACUGGAGCCUGGGGCCCAGCAGUUCGGCUAGGCUGUCCUUUCGUAAGGUAGAGUGCUAGAACUGGGAUGAAAAUUAGCAGUCAUUCCUGUCAAACAGGUCUGGGAACCCAGAAGUACCCUGUAGAUACCAUCUUCCAGUCACUGCUGUGUUUCUGCUGAUAGCAGAUAAAGGGGAAUUGUAUCGGUAAACUCCAGCAACUCUGAUUUGACCUUUCUAAGCAGAGAAAAGGAAGACAGAUCUCUCAAGGUCCAGCUGACCUGAAAAUUGACCCGUUGGGUGUGCCAGAACUGAAUGAAAGGCCUGAUUUGGUAUUGAAGAUUGUGGUUUCUUAAAAAUACGACAUUUUAGUGUACUAAGUUGAGUUUUAGUGCAAGCCAUGAUGAAUUAGAGUCAGUAUUAGUUAGGUCCAAGUAUUGCUAUAAAGCCAUUGUCUUUGUUGAAUUGUGAUCUUAGAGGCUACCCCUGGAAAGGACCUAAGAAGUUGUCUCACCCAGUGAUUACCAAGAUUUAGACUCAGAAACCAUAUCUUCCUUCAGGGAGAUGGUAAGGAAGGUAAAGGGAUGGAUACCUCAGAAAGAACAUGUGAACGUGCACACUCACACACACUCGCUGGAGAGUCAGCUCCUAGACCUCCUCUGUCCUUUGAGACGGCUGUGCUGAAUGGGCUGAUGUUACCUCUGUUCCACAGCCCCCACAGAGAUGAGCACCUGGGUCUUCCCGUCUCAUUAGGAUUAGAGCCAGGAGAACCCAGACACCUGACUCCUGUCCUUAACAGAAAAACUUGAUAGAAUUUAGAGAAGAAAUCCCACCUACGUGGAAGUAAACCCUGAGUUAAAUGUGUUUUCUUCUUUUCCAAAUUGUAUUUUAAACUUCUGUAUAUUUGUUUGGGUUUUUAAGACUGGGUCUCAUGGUGUAGCUUUGGCUAGCUGGAACUAUGUAGACCAAGUUGGCUUUGAACUCACAGAAUCUGCCUGCCUCUGCCUCUGCAUCUGGAGUGCUGGAAUCAGAGGUGUACACCACCGUGCCCAGAAUUAACCCUCUAGUUCGUUAUAGGCUGUUUGAAUGUGAAGCCUAACUUUUCAUUAUAGGGUUAUGUCUUGAUUUUUAGCCAUGUUUCAUUGUAAAAUUUGUUAGAAUCACUUCUAGUGUAAUUGUUUCCUAACAAAUGUCACUCUGCUCAUCCCACUUAUAGUUAGUUUUCAACUAUAAAUGGGGAGGCAAACUACCCACAUCUCUAAGUAUUGGAUUCCAGUUGCAGAUCAUGGACCAAAGGAAAUUCCUGUUUCGUUGGGCAUUCUCCUGGAAAUCCAGCUCUAUGGUAUCCAUGUUAUUGGUUUGAGAUACAAUUUGUACUAUUUGACAGUUUGAGACAUACCUUCAGUCAAAAGGAUUACAAUUUUAUCAACAUAAUUAAGAUUUUCUUAAG